UCCUGGGGCGGGAAAAUCUGUUCACUUGUAGCAACGGGAGUGAAUCCAGGGAGGGAGCAGAUCCUGUCAACUCAGAGUAUUUGAAAAUCUGAAGACUGAAGCUUCAAAAUCAACAGAUGAAGGGCUUAUGCCCAAAACAUUGACUCUCCUGCUCCUCGGACGCUGCCUGACCUGCUGUUUUUCCAGCGCCACAUUUUUUGACUGACUCUCCAGCGUCUGCAGUCCUCACUUUGAUGUCAAUGUCUGACAGUCACUCAAUCCAUCGGGACCACAACAAUUUUUGACUGUGAUUUCUGUGAGAGGGAUCAACGCUUUUUGGUUCCUGUUUGAAGACGUUUUCAGCAUCAGUGGGACUGGACAAGAGACCCCACUGUUGGAGCGCACUGUGUGUGGAGCCUGAAACAGUUAUACAGCCAGCGAAGGGGAUUUCACGGCAGGGAGGGGCUCUACACGUGUUUGUGUGCAGCUGAAGCUGUGGCCAUGGAGAAACCUGAGGAAUCCCGCCCUAUGGAGGAUCCGUGGAAGUGUGGGGACUGUGGGAAAGGCUUCCGUGUCCCAUCUGCCCUGGAGACUCAUCGGCGCAGUCACACUGGGGAGAGGCCAUUCCCCUGCACCGACUGCGGGAAGGCCUUCAGACAUUCCUCCCACCUGCUGGCCCACCAGCGGGGCCACACGGGGGAAAAACCCAUCAGCUGUCCCGAGUGCGGGAAGGCCUUCAUGUUUUUCUCUGCCCUGUUGGCCCAUCGGCGGAUCCACACAGGAGAGAGGCCGUUCAGCUGCCCUGAGUGUGGGAAGGCCUUCAGGUAUUCCUCCACCCUGCGGACCCACCGGCGUUUCCACGCGGGGGAAAGGCCCUUCAGCUGCCCUGAGUGUGGGAAGGCUUUUACCAACACCUCCACCCUGCUGAGGCACCAGCGGGUCCACACGGGGGAGAGGCCCUUCAGCUGCCCCAAAUGCGGGAAAGCCUUUACCCACGUCUCCUCCCUGCGGAGCCACCAGCGGAUCCACACCGGGGAGAGGCCCUUCAGCUGCCCCGAGUGUGGGAAGGCUUUUCGUGAUUCCUCCACCCUGCUGACCCACCAGCGGAUCCACACCGGGGAGAGGCCUUUCAGCUGCCCCGAGUGUGGGAAGGCUUUUCGUGAUUCCUCCACCCUGCUGACCCACCAGCGGAUCCACACCGGGGAGAGGCCCUUCAGCUGCCCCGAGUGCGGGAAGGACUUCACCCAUUACUCCCACCUGCUGAGGCACCAGCGCGUCCACACGGGGGAGAGACCCUUCAGCUGCCCCGAGUGCGGGAUGGCUUUUACCCACCUCUCCGCCCUGCGGAGCCACCAGCGGAUCCACACGGGGGAGAGGCCCUUCAGCUGCCCCGAGUGUGGGAAGACCUUUACCCACAUCUCUGUCUUGCGGAGCCACGUGCGUGUCCACACCGGGAAGAGGCCCUUUAACUGCCCCGAAUGUGGGAAGGCCUUUAGCGACAUCUCCUCCCUGAUGAGGCACCAGCGGGUCCACACUGAGGAGAGGCCCUUCACCUGCCCCGAGUGCAGGAAGGCCUUCAGCAGUUCCUCCACCCUGCUGAGGCACCAGCUGGUCCACACCGGGGAGAGACCGUACACCUGCCCUCAGUGCGGGAAGGGAUUCACCUGUUCCUCCAACCUGCUGACCCACCAGCGGAUCCACAGGGGGGAGAGGCCCUUCAGCUGCCCAGAGUGUGGGAAGGCCUUUACCCAAACCUCUGCCUUGCGGAGCCACCAGCGGAUCCACUCCGGGGAGAGGCCCUUCAGCUGCCCCGUAUGCGGGAAGGGCUUCAACCGCUCCUCCUCCCUGCGGAGCCACCAGCGGAUCCACACAGGGGAGAGGCCCUUCAGCUGCCCCGAGUGUGGGAAGGCCUUUACCCACGUCUCUGCCUUGCGGAGCCACCAGCGUGCCCACAUGGGGGAGAGGCCCUUCACUUGCCCCGAGUGCGGGAAGGCCUUCAGCAGUUCCUCCACGCUGCUGAUCCACCAGCGGAUCCACACGGGGGAGAGACCGUACACCUGCCCUCACUGCGGGAAGGGCUUCAACCGCUACUCCACCCUGCGGAGACACCAGCGGAUCCACACAGGGGAGAGACCGUACACCUGCCCUCAGUGUGGGAAGGGCUUCAGCACAUCUUCCUCCCUGCUGAGGCACCAGCGGAUCCACACCGGGGAGAGGCCGUUCAUCUGCUCUCAGUGCGGGAAGGGCUUCACCUACUCCUCCCAACUGCGGAAGCACCAGCGGAUCCACACUGGGGAGAGGCCCUUCAGCUGCCCCGAGUGCAGGAAGGCCUUUAUCCAGGUCUCUGGACUGCUAAACCACCAGUGUCUCCACACAGGGGAGAGACCUUUCAGCUGCCCCAAGUGCAGGAAGGCCUUCAGCAAUUCCUCCUCUCUGCUGAGGCACCAGCGGGUCCACACCGGGGAGAGGCCCUUCAGCUGCCCCGAGUGCAGGAAGGCCUUCAGCGAUUCCUCCACCCUGCUGACCCACCAGCGGAUCCACACGGGGGAGAGGCCGUACAGCUGCCCCGAGUGCGGGAAGGCCUUUACCCAGGUCUCUGGACUGCAAAACCACCAGCGGAUCCACACAGGGGAGAGGCUAUUCAGCUGUCCGAAGUGCAGGAAGGCCUUCAGCAAUUCCUCCUCUCUGCUGACCCACCAGCGGAUCCACACAGGGGAGAGGCCAUUCAGCUGCCCCGAGUGCAGGAAGGCCUUCAGCAAUUCCUCCCACCUGCUGAGGCACCAGCAGAUACACACGGGGGAGAGGCCCUACAGCUGUCCCGAGUGUGGGAAGGCCUUCAGGGAUUCCUCCUCUCUGCUGAGGCACCAGCGGAUCCACACUGGGGAGAGGCCCUUCAGCUGCCCCGAGUGCAGGAAGGCCUUCAGCAAUUCCUACAACCUGCAGAGCCACCAGCGGAUCCACACUGGGGAGAGGCCAUUCAGCUGCCCCGAGUGCAGGAAGGCCUUCAGCGAUUCUUCCACCCUGCUGAUCCACCAGCGGAUCCACACGGGGGAGAGGCCAUUCAGCUGCCCCGAGUGCAGGAAGGCCUUCAGAGAUUCCUCCACUCUGCUGAGGCACCAGCGUGUCCACACGGGAGAGAGGCCCUUCAGCUGUCCCGAGUGCAGGAAGGCCUUCAGCAAUUCCUACAACCUGCAGAGCCACCAGCGGGUCCACACAGGGGAGAGGCCAUUCAGCUGCCCCGAGUGCAGGAAGGCCUUCAGCGAUUCCUCCACCCUGCUGAUCCACCAGCGGAUCCACACGGGGGAGAGGCCAUUCAGCUGCCCCGAGUGCAGGAAGGCCUUCAGCGAUUCCUCCACUCUGCUGAGGCACCAGCGGAUCCACACAGGGGAGAGGCCCUACAGCUGUCCCGAGUGCAGGAAGGCCUUCAGCAAUUCCUCCGCCCUGCUGAACCACCAGCGGAUCCACACGGGGGAGAGGCCGUACAGCUGCCAUGAGUGCGGGAUGGCCUUUACCCAGGUCUCUGGACUGCAAAACCACCAGCGGAUCCACACAGGGGAGAGGCCAUUCAGCUGUCCCGAGUGUGGGAAGGCCUUCAGGGAUUCCUCCUCUCUGCUGAGGCACCAGCGGGUCCACACGGGGGAGAGGCCCUUCAGCUGCCCCGAGUGCAGGAAGGCCUUCAGCAAUUCCUACAACCUGCAGAGCCACCAGUGGGUCCACACAGGGGAGAGGCCAUUCAGCUGCCCCGAGUGCAGGAAGGCCUUCAGCAAUUCCUCCUCUCUGCUGAUCCACCAGCGUGUCCACACGGGGGAGAGGCCCUACAGCUGUCCCGAGUGCGGGAAGGCCUUCAGAUAUUCCUCCUCUCUGCUGAGGCACCAGCGGAUCCACACUGGGGAGAGGCCCUUCAGCUGUCCUGAGUGCAGAAAGGCCUUCAGCGAUUCCUCCGCCCUGCUGAUCCACCAGCGGAUCCACACAGGGGAGAGGCCAUUCAGCUGCCCCGAGUGCAGGAAGGCCUUCAGCGAUUCCUACACUCUGCUGAGGCACCAGCGUGUCCACACGGGGGAGAGGCCCUACAGCUGUCCCGAGUGCGGGAAGGCCUUCAGAUAUUCCUCCUCUCUGCUGAGGCACCAGCGGAUCCACACUGGGGAGAGGCCCUUCAGCUGCCCCGAGUGCAGGAAGGCCUUCAGCGAUUCCUCCACCCUGCUGAUCCACCAGCGGGUCCACACUGGCGAGAGGCCAUUCCCCUGCCCCAAGUGUGGGAAGGCCUUCACCCGCUCCUCCCACCUCCGGAGGCACCAGCGAGUUCACGUACCAUCGCAGGGGGAUUGAAGAAGUGAAGGCUGAAAGUCCAGUGAAUAAUGACAAUCAGCCCAGCUCCCGGGACUCCGGGGUUUGAAUCCCGCUGCAGCAGAUGGCGCUAUACAGGGUAUGGGUUGAAAUUGCUGAGUGAGGCAAUGCUUCCUCUGGGUUACGGCUGUACUAAGGAUCCAAUUAGAAAGGGACAUCUCGGUGCUGACCAAUAGUGAAGACAGUGAGGUUGGGUGGGUGUAUAAGCGUGAGUGAGUGUGCUUUAUCUUGAGCUGUUUAAAAAGCAGCUACUUUUUCUCUGCCUUUUUGCUGAGGGGGAUUUGAAGCUUUAACAAGGGGGUAACAAUAAAGGUGAAGUGAACUUAA